GUCUGGAUUUCUGUAGUUUACUUUUAUAUCUUUAUAACUAUCGUCCUUUGUUAGCGAUUUUCAAGGCUGUUAAUGGCGUCGGUUUUGUUGGUCAAUCGACAUUUUCGGAUAUAGAACUUUAUAAGAACAUUACGAGGGGCAAGAAAAUUAUUGUAGAUUUAAAACUGGCAUAGAAUGGCAUCAGGAGAUGGGAGUCCUAUGACAACCCCACCACCUGGACCAGCCUACACACCAGAUAACAUACAGAGGAUGCAACAGAACAUCAAAAUGGAAGAAAAAGGAAUGUCCCCUAAUCCCCAGCAGUAUGGUAGUCACAUGCAAAGACCAGGUGGAAUGCACCCACAAGGAAUGCAAGGUGGUCCGCAGGGUAUGCCUGGACCCCAGGGGAUGCAGGGUCCACCAGCUGGACCAGGUGCAUCCCAGGGUAUGCCUGGAGCGCCCCAAGGAAUGCAAGGUCAGCAAGGAAUGACUGGUCCUCAGCAGAUGCAAGGUGGACCACAAGGUAUGCAGCCUCAGGCAAUGCAGGGACAACAGAACAUUCAGGGCUCGGGACCACAAGGAAUGGCUAACAUGCAUCCACAGGGUAUGCAAGGAGGUAAUAUGGGACCCGUCCCAAAUAUGAGUAAUCCAGCCAUGGGUGGACCCAACAUGACUGCCCCAGGUGGUCCAGGUAUGGGACGGCCUGGAAUGCAAGGACCAGGGCCUAAUAUGGGAGGAUACAUGAACAAUCCUGGAAUGAUGAGUGGAAACCAGAAUCCAAACAUACCUUCAAGUGGGGCAAUGGGACCUGGCUCUAACAUGCAGCAAGGUCAGCAUAUGGGACAAGCCAUGGGGCAGAACAUGCCAGCUCCUGGGUCACAUAUGAGUGGAAACAUGGGUGCCCCAGGGCAACAGGCGCCAAAUAUGGGCAACCAGAUGACAAGACCACCAAGUGGUGGACCGGAUGGACAACAUAUGAACAUGGGACAAAGUCAAGGGGGUGCACCAAAUCCAAAUAUGGAGGGAUCUAAUUAUAACCAAGGCGUGGGUAUGCAAGGCAGAAAUGUAGGACCAGGUUCAGGGAAUCAGAUGGGCACACCAGCGAUGAACCAGAUGGGAGGACCACAAGGUCCCGGAAACCAGAUGCCUGGCCAAUCACCAAUGAGGAACCCAAACUUCAUGCCACAGCAGUUACACCAGCUCAGAGCACAGAUAAUGGCAUAUAAGUUGUUGUCAAGAAACCAACCACUUCCUGAUCAGUUGAGACUUAGUUUGGAAGGAAAAAGGACAUUUCAGCCUCCUAUGCCAAGACCACAAGUUGACCAGCAACAACAGAGCAUGAGGAUGCAGCACCAGCAGCCUCCCCACCAGCCCCAGUCCCAACAACCCCAAGCCCCACCUAUGCCUCAACCUCACAGUCAGUCACAGUCACCUGUAGCCUCCACAUCAGCUCCUGCAUCACAGACAGUUCCCCAAGCUGGACAACCCAGCACAACUCCACCCCAGCAGAAGUUAGGGCCAGGUGGAACACCACCCAAUGCGUCUAUGCAGGCUUUGAUGAGUAUGCAACAGAAACAGAACAGAAUUGCACCAGUGACAAAACCUCUUGGACUGGAUCCGAUUGAGUUACUUAAUGAAAGAGAAAAUAGGAUUGCAGGCCGUAUAUCAUCUCGGAUCAAGGAAUUGCAGAAUAUUCCUGCAACAUUGCCAGAUGACACAAAAACUAAAGCUACAAUUGAAUUGAGAGCACUUAGAUUGCUUAAUUUCCAGAGACAGUUACGUCAAGAAGUGGUUGCAUGUAUGAGAAGGGACACUACCCUUGAAACAGCAUUGAACUUUAAGGCUUACAAGAGGGGUAAGCGUCAAACAUUGAGGGAGGCAAGAUCUACAGAAAUACUGGAGAAGAAACAGAAAAUGGAACAGGAAAGAAAAAGACGUCAAAAACACCAGGAAUACCUUAAUGCUGUACUUCAACAUGCUAAGGAGUUCAAGGAAUUCCAUCGGUCAGUCUCGUCAAAAGUCAGCAAGUUGAACAAAGCAGUGUUGAUGCAUCAUAUGAACACAGAAAGAGAACAGAAGAAAGAACAAGAAAGACUCGAGAAGGAACGUUUACGCAGACUUAUGGCAGAGGAUGAAGAUGGUUACAGAAAGUUGAUUGAUCAGAAGAAAGACAAGCGUUUAAUGUACUUGCUGCAGCAGACGGACGAGUAUAUUGAAAGUCUGACGAAACUUGUUGAGCAGCAUAAAGUGGAGCAAAAGAAAAAAUUACGUAAAAGAAAGAGGAAAAAGAGGAGUGAGGAGGAACAGGCGGUUAGUGGUGAGGAAACACGUGUUCCUGUCAUAGAGAAGGAAACUGGUAAAAUUCUGACAGGAGAAGAUGCACCAUUGUCCAGUAACUUGAAGGAAUGGUUGGAAAUGAAUCCUGGAUAUGAGGUUGCUCCUAAAGAUGAGGAAGAAUCGGGAGAGGAAGAAGAAGAUGAAGAAGAAGAGGGUGUAACACUGUUCUAUGAUGAGGAGGAGAAGAAAGAAGCUGCUGAAAAGAAAGAAGGACCAGAAACUGCUGGAGUGCAUGAUGAUGAAUACAUGAGCAAGCAGAAUUACUAUGGACAGGCUCACGAGAUCAGAGAAAUUGUUACUGAACAAGCCGCAAUUAUGAUCAAUGGCCAAAUGAAAGAAUACCAGAUCAAAGGUUUGGAAUGGAUGGUGUCGCUGUACAACAACAAUCUGAAUGGCAUUCUAGCUGAUGAAAUGGGUCUGGGAAAAACUAUCCAGACAAUUGGUUUGAUAACAUACCUAAUGGAUAAUAAGAGAGUUAAUGGACCAUUUCUCAUCAUUGUACCACUCUCAACACUGUCUAACUGGAUGCUGGAGUUUGAGAAGUGGGCACCAUCUGUACUGAAGGUCCAGUAUAAAGGCUCUCCUAUUGCCAGGAAACAACUUGGAGCACAACUGAAGGGAGGAAAAUUUAAUGUGCUACUUACAACAUAUGAAUAUGUAAUCAAGGACAAAGCUGUUUUGUCAAAGAUACGUUGGAAGUACAUGAUAAUAGAUGAAGGUCAUCGUAUGAAGAAUCACCAUUGUAAACUUACACAGAUCCUCAAUACUUACUAUGAAGCUCCGUUCCGUCUUCUUCUUACAGGAACACCUCUACAGAACAAGCUACCAGAGUUGUGGGCCCUGUUGAAUUUCUUGCUGCCAAGUAUUUUCAAGUCCUGUAGCUCCUUUGACAGUUGGUUCAAUGCUCCAUUUGCUAUGACUGGAGAAAAGGUUGAAUUGAAUGCAGAAGAGUCUCUCUUGAUUAUCCGUCGUCUUCAUAAAGUGUUGAGACCUUUCUUGUUACGUAGACUGAAGAAGGAAGUAGAAUCUCAACUGCCUGAAAAGGUUGAGUAUGUACUUAAGUGUGAUAUGUCAGCUUUACAACGUCUCAUCUAUAGACAUAUGCAGAACAAGGGGGUCCUGCUCACAGAUGGCUCAGAAAAAGAAAAGAAGGGACGUGGUGGAGCAAAGAUUUUAAUGAACACCAUCAUGCAGUUGAGGAAGAUCUGUAACCAUCCAUUCAUGUUUCAUCAUAUAGAAGAAGCUUGUGCAGAAUUGCAAGGUUCCACGGGAGUUGUAACCGGACCAGAUUUGUAUCGUGUGUCAGGAAAGUUUGAGCUGCUGGACAGGAUCCUGCCAAAACUGAAAUGUCAGAAACACAAAGUUCUUCUCUUCUCUCAGAUGACUUCUCUGCUCAGUAUUCUUGAGGACUAUCUCCUCAUGCGAGGGUUCCGCUACCUCCGACUCGAUGGUACAACAAAGGCAGAGGACAGAGGAGAGUUGUUAGCAUUGUUCAAUAAGGAGGACUCGCCUUAUUUUAUAUUCAUCUUGAGUACUAGAGCUGGAGGUUUAGGUCUGAAUUUACAAACUGCAGAUACUGUUGUCAUAUUUGACUCGGACUGGAAUCCUCAUCAGGAUUUACAAGCUCAGGAUAGAGCACAUCGUAUUGGACAGACGAAUGAGGUGCGAGUGUUGAGGUUCUGUACAGUGAAGAGUGUGGAGGAACGUAUCUUGGCAGCGGCCAGAUUCAAACUAAACGUAGACGAGAAGGUUAUCCAGGCCGGUAUGUUUGACCAGAAGUCUACAGGAUAUGAGCGACAGGCUUUCCUGAAAAAUCUUCUCCAGCAGGAUGCCGAGAGUGAUGAGAUGGACAAAUUUCAAGCAGAAGCACCAGAUGCAAGCAUCCACCCAGAGCCAUGUCAAAGCAUUGCUCAAGAGGAGGAUGAAGUUCCUGAUGAUGAGACUAUCAAUCAGAUGUUAGCCAGGUCAGAAGAUGAAUUUGAUAUCUACCAGCGUAUGGACAUAGAGCGGAGACGAGAGGAGGCUAAACAAGUCCCACGCAAGCCAAGACUGAUGGAGGAGUCAGAGUUACCUCUCUGGAUAGUCAAAGAUGAAGCUGAGGUUGAAAGAAUGACAGCAGAGGAAGAUGAGGAGAAGUUGUUUGGACGUGGUUCUCGACAGAGGAAGGAGGUGGACUAUUCUGAUGCUCUGACAGAGAAACAGUGGCUCAGGGCAAUAGAAGAAGGUGAUCUAGAUGAACUGGAGGAAGAGAUGAGAAAAGAAAAACAAGAUAAGAAGAAACCUACAAGAAAACGCAAGAAGGCUCCAUCGGAGACUCCGCCUCCAAAGAACAGUGGUGAUCCACCUGUCAAAAAAAGGCGUGGCCGACCGCCAGUUGAGAAACUGAAGCCCAACCCACCUAAGGUGGAGGCACAGUUGAAGAAAUUACUAGAUAUUGUUCUUGGUUACAAAGACAGUGAUGGCAGAAUGCUUAGUUCUGCCUUUGAGAAACUCCCAUCAAAGAAGGAUCUCCCAGAGUAUUAUGAAAUCAUCACAAACCCGCUAGAUUUCAAGAAAAUUAAGAAACGUAUCAAGGACCACAAGUACCGGUGUCUGGAGGACCUCGAGGAUGAUAUCUAUACCCUCUGUCAGAAUGCUCAGCUGUAUAAUGUCGAGGGUUCUCAGAUCUACGAGGACUCUAUAGUGCUACAGUCUGUACUUACCAAUGCUAAGGAACGGAUGAUGAAAGACAGUAGUGAUUCCAGUGAUGAUUCAUCAGAUGAUGAUAGUGACAGUGAUAGUGAUGAUAGCAGUGAUGGUGAUGAUACUGAUACCCAGUCAACUUCAACAACAAAAUCCAAAACUAAAGAAAAAGAAAAAGAGAAAGAGAAAACAAAAGAGAAGGAAAAAACAAAGACAAAGACCCCUUUAAAAGCACAACCCUCUACAAGCAAACGUACAACACCACCUCGAGGCAGACCAAGACCAGUCAUAAGUGAUGAUGAUGAUGAUGAUGACGAUGAAGAUUAAAUGUUGUCAGCUUUUUGUUAUUCAUGACCACUUCCUGUUAAGACUGUGUCAUCUGUAUUGCUUCUAAUUGUAGACUGGAUCACAAGUUUUAUCUAGUAAGACGGGGUAUCAUAAUGAUAAUAAGGAGCGCUUAUCAUGUAGAUAUGUUUGACAGAAGAGUGACAGGAAGGCUACGUUUAGUUAUAUUAUGUGCAAUGUGUUUGAAAUGUAAAUUCAGUUUUAGAUAUUCUGUAAGAAGGUGGUGUUAUGUCACUAUACACAAGUCUAUAUUUGCUUCACAUCUGAAUAUUAUAUGUAUGACCGUGCCAUCAUAAUUAAGAAAAUAAUGGGUAAGGACAGAUCAUAGGUAUUGCACAUAUAUUUUAUUUAUGGAAAGUGGGUAUAUCUUUAGUAUUAAGGCAUCUGUUAAAGAAUUGUGAACCAUUUUGAAUACAGUUCUUUUCAAAUGGAAAUUUAGAUGUACUUAAAACAAGAUCAAGUGAUUUAAUUGACCUUGGUUACAUACCACAGUUAUGAAAUUUCUAGACUACUUUGUCCCCAAGAUGCUAUUUUCUAGUAUUUAGUUUUGUCUGAAAGUAUAUGGAAUUGUGCUUUAUCAGUUUGUACAGAUGAAAAAGUCAGCUGUAUUGGAGCAAAAACCUUACAGAAUUGUCAAAGGAAGGCACUUUAACAAAAAAGUUAAGUUUUAUUAUAAACUUUAUGGGAACUUGUUUAAUGUCUGGUAUUUUACUGAUUUGCUGUUGUGUCUAUAUAUAUUUUGUGGGUAGAAAUGACAGCCUUGGCAAAAAACCCCCAAAAAAACAACUGAUGUGGCUUGGUGACAGAGACUUGUUUGUUCAAGCUGUAUUAGUUGAAAGCCUUACACAGUUAAUAUAAAUAUGAGACCAAAUAUAAAUGUGUAGCAGAGUUUCAUUGACGUGAAUGUAUUUCUUGUAAUAAAUGGAAUUGCUA